AUGGAUCAAGAAAGAUGCCAUUUAGAGCUCCGAAUACUUCCAGGCAGAGUAGCACUGAAGAAGGCUCUGUCGCCGCUUCUGAAAGUAUCACCGGCCUCCUGCACCGCGAUCUGCAAACCGGGCGGCAUCUCUCUCCAAGCUUUUCCGGUGGAACAGAAUGAUGUGUUUCCCCUCCUCUCCGCCGUGCUUCGAAUUCAUCCCGCCUCCGUGGACCACUUCUGCUGCACUCAGUCCAUCACCGCUGAAUUCGAUCUCGAUUUCUUGGACUUCAUUCUCUCCUUUGCACCUGAUGAAGGCAAUAUCAAUAUUGUGGCUGCGGAUUAUGUCGACGAGGAAGUCAAUUUCGCUUCGGGUGCUUCUGGGGGGGAUUUUUUUCGGACCCGUUACCUCUCCAAUGUUCUUAAUGAGUAUUUCUUGGAGAUUGAUGAUUCAGUAUUCGAGUACGUCGUGGUUGUUGGGAUAGCCUCGGAAGAUUUCCGGCGGGUCAUUUGGCACUUCAGGGACUUAUCCCCUUUCGUUGAAGCAUUUGUGACUGAUGAAGACGUGACUUUUAUAUUUGGUCCUGAGGAAAUUGUGCUCAGAACAGAGGAUGGAAAUUGCGUUAUCGGGGGCAUAAACGGAUACAACCGGGUCAAGAUCCGACUCAGUCUGCACAACCCAGACUCGCUACUUGAAGCCUCGGAGCUCUCUGCCUCGGUUUGGAUGCUCAAGUCCCGCGACUGGCCUGAUAUGCUGAGUUGCCCGGUUCGACAACUCGGUAACGUCGUGUUCUACUUCAAGAAUGAACACACGCUAUAAACUCGACCCAAUCAGUUUUUUGUGGAAUUCCAAUCAAAUCGAGACAUACAUAUGAUACUUCUGUAUAAUACCAUUCGAAAGUUCAACAGUGAAAGCAAAGGAAGCUUGAGGGUAUUUUAGCAGUAUGUUUAGCAAAGCAUGACAUUGGAUAAGC